GUCGGGGCUGGGCCGCUUCUCGGGGUCCGGCAGAACUCUGGGGUGUUGGGUUGAGGCGGCGGCAGCUGUGGCCAGGACUCAGAGCACUUGGGCCUCGAGCGGAUAAAGGUCUACGACCUGCGGGUAGCGAGUAGGACCAGGGUCGUCGUUUCUCUGGGUGGUGGGGCCGAGGACUUUGAGGGACGUGUUCUGGGGCCGAGUCUGUGCUCGGACAGAAAACAGCAAGCUCCUCUGAAGCGUCGCCAACUGUGUGUCCUGUGGGAAGUCACUAAUGGUUACCUAGCACUUGUGCUACACGGGAGGGUCCUCAGGGUUUUUGCAAGUUUGCAAACAUGUUCACUGUCUCUCAGACCUCGAGAGCGUGGUUCAUUGACAGAGCCCGCCAGGCACGAGAAGAAAGGCUGGUGCAGAAGGAGCGAGAGCGUGCAGCUGUGGAGAUUCAGGCCCACGUCCGGAGUUUUCUCUGUCGGUGUCGACUGCACAGAGACAUCAGGAGAGAGAUUGAUGAGUUUUUUAAAGCAGAUGACUCUGGGUCCAGUAAAAGAAGUGCACUUUGUAUUUUCAAGAUUGCCAGGAAAUUGCUGUUCUUGUUCAAAAUCAAAGAGGAUAAUGAGAGAUUCGAGAAGUUGUGUCGUUGUAUCCUGAGCAGCAUGGAUGCUGAGAAUGAACCUAAGGUGUGGUACGUAUCCCUCGCUCUUUCCAAGGAUCUCACUCUCCUGUGGAUUAAACAAAUCAAGGACAUCCUGUGGUACUGCUGUGAGUUUCUUGAGCAGCUCAAGCCUGAAAUCUUGCAAGACUCCAGACUCAUCACACUGUACCUCACGAUGCUUGUCACCUUCACAGACACUUCGACGUGGAAAAUCCUCCGGGGAAAAGGUGAGAACCUUCGACCAGCCAUGAACCACAUCUGUGCAAAUAUAAUGGGACAUCUCAACCAGCAUGGGUUUUACUCUGUGCUGCAGGUAUUGCUAACCCGAGGCCUGGCCAGACCCCGGCCUUGUCUGUCCAAGGGCACCUUAACAGCGGCCUUUUCUCUGGCACUGCGCCCUGUGAUUGCUGCACAAUUUUCAGACAAUCUGAUUCGGCCGUUCCUCAUCCACAUCAUGUCUGUGCCUGCACUUGUGACUCACCUCAGCACGGUGACCCCUGAGCGUCUCACUGUUUUAGAAUCUCAUGACAUGCUUCGCAAAUUCAUCAUGUUUUUAAGAGACAGAGACCGAUGCCGGGACAUAUGUGAAAGUUUAGAAGGAUGCCACACUCUGUGCCUGAUGGGCAACCUCCUGCAGCUGGGCUCCCUCAGCCCCAGAGUGCUGGAGGAGGAGACCGACGGCUUUGUGAGCUUGCUCACCCAGAUGCUGUGCUACUGUCAGAAGUACGUGUCCCAGAAGAAGUCCAACCUGACCCACUGGCACCCUGUCCUCGGCUGGUUCUCCCAAUCUGUGGAUUAUGGCCUCAAUGAGUCCAUGUCCUUGAUCACCAAACAGCUGCAGUUCCUGUGGGGGGUGCCUCUCAUCCGCAUCUUCUUCAGUGACAUCCUGAGCAAGAAGUUGUUGGAGCACCAGGAGCCGCCCCCCGCCCAGCCGGCAUCCCCACAGAACGUGCUUCCAGUGAAGAGUCUUCUCAAGCGUGCAUUUCAGAAGUCUGCCUCCGUUCGGAAUAUUCUCAGGCCUGUCGGGGGCAAACGCGUUGAUUCUGCAGAGGUUCAGCAGGUCUGCAACAUCUGUGUCCUCUACCAGACCUCGCUGACGACCCUCACCCAGAUCCGCCUGCAGAUUCUCACAGGUCUCACUUACCUUGAUGACCUGCUGCCCAAACUGUGGGCGUUUAUCUGUGAGCUGGGGCCCCACGGAGGGUUAAAGCUCUUCUUGGAAUGCCUGAACAAUGACACUGAAGAGUCCAAGCAGCUCUUGGCCAUGCUGAUGCUGUUCUGUGACUGUUCCCGGCACCUCAUCACGAUCCUUGAUGACAUUGAAGUUUAUGAAGAACAAAUUUCAUUCAAACUAGAAGAGCUGGUCACCAUCUCCUCUUUCCUGAACUCUUUCGUGUUUAAGAUGAUCUGGGAUGGAAUUGUAGAGAACGCCAAGGGUGAGACCCUGGAGCUGUUCCAGUCUGUCCACGGGUGGCUGAUGGUACUCUACGAGCGGGACUGCCGCCGGCGCUUUGCCCCUGAGGACCACUGGCUGCGGAAGGAUCUCAAACCUAGUGUGCUCUUCCAAGAACUUGACAAGGACCGAAAACGGGCACAGUUGAUCCUGCAGUACAUCCCACAUGUCAUUCCUCACAAAAAUAGAGUUCUCCUGUUCCGAAACAUGGUUACCAAGGAGAAAGAGAAACUGGGGCUCGUGGAAACCAGCUCCGCCUCGCCCCAUGUCACUCACAUAACUAUCCGUCGUUCCCGGAUGUUGGAGGAUGGCUACGAGCAGCUGCGGCAGCUCUCCCAGCAUGCCAUGAAGGGCGUGAUCCGCGUGAAGUUUGUCAACGACCUCGGCGUGGACGAGGCUGGGAUCGAUCAGGACGGCGUUUUCAAGGAGUUCUUGGAAGAGAUCAUCAAGAGGGUGUUUGACCCGGCACUUAACCUGUUCAAGACGACCAGUGGGGAUGAGAGGCUGUACCCCUCGCCCACAUCCUAUAUCCACGAGAAUUACCUGCAGCUCUUCGAGUUCGUGGGCAAGAUGCUGGGGAAGGCCGUGUAUGAGGGAAUCGUGGUGGAUGUGCCCUUCGCCUCCUUCUUCCUGAGCCAGCUGCUCGGGCACCACCAUAGUAUCUUCUAUAGCUCUGUGGAUGAACUUCCUUCUCUGGACUCGGAGUUCUAUAAAAACCUCACCUCCAUUAAGCGCUAUGAUGGGGACAUUGCUGAUCUGGGCUUGACACUGUCAUAUGAUGAGGAUGUCAUGGGUCAGCUUGUUUGCCAUGAGCUGAUUCCUGGAGGGAAGACCAUUCCUGUUACAAAUGAAAAUAAAAUCAGUUACAUCCAUCUGAUGGCACAUUUUCGAAUGCACACCCAAAUCAAAAACCAGACUGCUGCCCUCAUUAGUGGUUUCCGUUCCAUUAUCAAACCUGAGUGGAUCCGGAUGUUCUCUACCCCUGAGCUGCAGCGUCUCAUCUCCGGUGACAACGCAGAGAUUGAUCUGGAAGAUCUAAAGAAGCACACAGUGUACUACGGUGGCUUUCAUGGAAGUCACAGGGUCAUCAUCUGGCUCUGGGAUAUUCUGGCCUCUGAUUUCACACCUGAGGAGAGAGCCAUGUUUCUGAAGUUCGUGACCAGCUGCUCCAGACCCCCGCUCCUGGGAUUUGCCUACCUCAAGCCUCCGUUCUCCAUCCGCUGCGUGGAAGUGUCUGAUGACCAGGACACUGGAGACACGCUGGGCAGUGUCCUUCGGGGCUUCUUCACCAUCCGCAGGCGGGAACCCGGCGGCCGUCUGCCCACCUCCUCCACCUGCUUCAACCUGCUCAAGCUGCCCAACUACAGCAAGAAAGGCGUCCUGCGGGAGAAGCUGCGCUACGCCGUCAGCAUGAACACGGGCUUCGAGCUUUCCUAACCCCCGUGGCCCCGCCGCCCACUCGGGCCCCUGGAGCACGAUCAGCACACAGGCGACCGGGGCCCUAGACCCCCUCUAUAGCCAUGAGACUCCCCUGUGGCCUCCAGAACUCAGACACUGACCUUGCUGCCCAGCGCUCCCUAGGCGAUGCGAAGGAGAAGGGUGUGGGAAUAAACCUCCCGAUUCUGCCUACGUGGGUCCUUUUUCCUACUUUCCAGCGGCCUGAAGCCCCAGCCUGGCGAUUGCAGAGGGGCUUCUUUUCCGUAGCGUGGUCUCUGUUGAGUCUCUCUCCUCUCAGCCCUGAGUGAGCUGCGUAGGAACCAGCCCAGGACCUGCAGGCCUGGAGUCGUUCGUGGGUCUGAGCUCACGAUGCCACUGCACGAGAGACCUCCUUCCUUUCUGGGAACCCUACUCAGGUAAGGCCUUGCCGAGCCUCUAUGCACCCAACAGUCUCUGCCUCCAACCCGUGGACAGCGGCCUCUCCCCAGGCAGCUGCCCAGCUACUACCAGGAGGCCGCAGAGCACCAGAGUCCAGGGCACCCCUCCCGCCAUGAAGCCUCUCGCCCUGUGUGCAGCCUUCCCCGGGAGCCCUCGCUGGCUGGUUCCUGUCCUGGGCAUUCCCAUUGGCAUCCUGGGUUGGGACGAGAGCCCACUGGCUCUGAAGCGCUGCUUGGUUCCUGCGCACACUGGCUGUUACUUAGGCCUUCGUGGCUAGAGGGCAGUGCCUCCCUCCCGGCUUGUCUGCCACUUCCUGUCCAAGGAGGAGACAAACCCUGGCCUGAGGUACGCCCCUCGGGCAGCAGCUUGCUCCUGAGAACCUGGCCCCGCCCUCAGCAGGGAGGGAGCCCUCUGCACUGAUCGGCUGGGGACUGAGUUCACCGCACCCCUUCUCACCGCCUCUCUGCCAACUUUUCUUUUCUCCUUUUCGUUUCCAUUUCAUUUUUUACUUCACUUACUCUUCCAGCCUAUUGUGCUCCUCUGCCCUACUUUUCCUUUUAUCAUGAGAACUUUGUCCAGAUCCAGGAAGCUGAGACCAAGGCCCUGUGAGGGGUCUGUGGUGACAGCCACCCUCUCUCUCCCACCUCUCACGGGCCUCUUGCAUCCCCACCACCCAGGCUGAAGCCAGAGUAGAAGCCAGGGGCACCUGGUCCCUCCUGCGCUCUGAGGCACUGGUUUAGGGCCAGCGUCUCUAAAGAGCGUGGAAACACUCCAGCCAGAGCCUGCCUGUCGGCGGCAAGCAGACAAGGCCGGUCUCGCCGCCUCCCUCGGGGGCUUCAGCGUGAUCCUGCGUUGGACCCUGGGAGAGCCCUGGGCUUCUGGGGAGCAGCGUGUGCUUUGUGUGGUGAGAAGGUGGGAGGGAGUCAGAGGUGGAGGAUCAUGGUCAUGACUUGAGAUUUGCUACCGACCUCUGCUUUGUGGACUGGGCGCCUCCUCUGAACACGUGACUCCUCGGAAGUCGUCUGCCAGUCACACGUGCACCGUCUGUACACAGGUGCUGGCCCGGGUAGUUGACCUGCGGGAGGAAGGUUGAACCCAUCUUGAUUUUCAUUGAGAAUCGGGGGACUUGUAAGCACCAGGGUGGGCUUUGCUGUCUGUGUGACGAGGGGGUAGUCUGCAGUUCCUUGUCAUCUCUUCCCUCCAGGGCUGUGAUAUUGCACUAUCUAGAACCUGCGUCUGUACUUUAUAGCUGGUGUCCACCUCCGUGGCACCUUGAUGGCUCUUGAUGGCUCUAAAACAUUGUGGGGUUUUUUGUUUUUGUAGAUAACUUAUUAAGACGUGUCAGAGGCUUUAUUAAAUUUGUACUUGAGCACACGA